CAGGCACCAUAUUAGGGGUUGGAGAUACUGAAAUGUACAAGACAGUCAUGGCCCCUUUUCUCAGAGCUCAAAGUCAAGUGGGGGAAACAGACAUUAAAUAGGCAGUUACAGGCAGACAGAGCUUGAAAAGAGGAUAACAGUGGCUACCUUAAAAGGAUGUUGUGAAAUUAAAUGAGAUAAUCCAGGUAAAGAGUUUUAUCAGGACUUGGCACAGAGUAAGCCCUCUGAAAAUGAUAACUAUUUUUCUUGCUUUGGAUAGGGAAGUUAAAAUGCAGGGCUCUGUGGAAGUGAAGUGUAAAGAGAGAUUUAUUCCAGGUCGGAGGCUAGGGAGUCACAAAGACCGCCUGAAGAAAUCACGAGAUCUGAAGAACGUUUAGCUUGAGGCAGAGGGAGGGGAGAAAAAAAUAGCAACUCAGUAGCAGUUCAGUUUCACCACUUUACAGCCUAUGAAGUCUUUGGCUUCCCUCAUCUGGUUCGAUCUUCAAACCUAAUCAGACCGGCAUCUAGAGUUAAUAUUUCCAUUUUACACAAGAGGAAAGAGAGACCCAGCGGGAAAAAAUGACUUGUUCAGAGUCAUAAAGCAAAGUCCCAAAGCAAGUCUUUCUGGCCCAUUAUGUGUGGGAAAAGCGAACAAACACCAUGGGGCGUUAGCGAAAUACUAGGUUACAAACGUGGAACAAAGUCUAAGAGUUAACGAGAGCCAGGCACUACUUAUUAUAGGGGUUGGCCAGGGGUUUCCUGGGGGAGCUGGCAUUGGAAUAGGCUUCUUCGCCUGCUCGGUGUCAAGACCCCUCAGGAGAGUGGCGGAUUCGUUCCGGAAGCAGCCGCCCAGCGAAGCCUCGGGUAAGGGUCUUCUGGAAAGAGACCAGUCUGGAUGCUGGAGCCUCAAUCCCCGUUGGCCUAGCACUUUGGUUUCCAUAGCAAUUGUCUCUCGUCGCAGAAAGGUAUUGCCUGUGCUGGGUCUUCAGAGAAAUCCAGGCCUCAGCUCCACGCCCCUGAGCAGCUCCACCCUGGCUCAACCCGUUACCCGCUCCGACAGCAAGACUGGGUCACCGCCGUCCCCGCGUUGAAGCGGAUAGGAUCUGCUCAGCUCACUGCACCCCACUUCUUCCGGAGCCGUCCGUCUCCAUGGCAACGCGCCAGGUCUCACCACGGCGGCCGCCGAGAGACAAUAUUACUGCGUCCGUAGCCGCCGGGCUCUGCGUGCAUGUCCAACAGCACCUAUCCCUUUCCCCGCCUAUGUGUCUCCCAGGCAACGCGCGGCUCUCGGCUCAGGGCUCCGCCCAGGCACUCACUCCGCGUCAGCGCAGGGCCACCUAGCUGGGCUGGCAACCAGCCUCCAGUUUCCAACUCUUUCUCCAAUAGGGAAGCCGCAAUGACACAGCCAACUAGGCCCUUGGUCACCUGGGACCUGGGAUCCUCCACGAUCUAUGGGACCGCCCCCCAGGCGACCACCAGUUCUGCCGCAACCUCGAACUACCAGCUGGGCUCGAACUACCAGCGCGAUAGACUCGGCCGCCGCCAAGACAUCGGCGUAGGGAGUCAGCCGCAGGUCUGCUUCCCGCGGCCGCGGACCGCGCAGCAGCCGGUGCUCUUCAGCAUAAUGAAUUCCAGUGAAGCAGCAAUGAAAAAAACUUUACCCAAGAGCCAUUUAUCUCGGGUGAUUAUUCAUGAUAACCGCAUCGCACAACGAAUCUAUGAGAUGGAGGUGAACGCUUUAGAGAAGACCAAGAAAAAGAUGAACCACUACUAUGAACACCUGAAAAAAAAGUUCAUGACAGAGCAGCUCAGAAAGCUGGGGCGAUAGAGAGAUGAAUCCGUGAACAACCAGUACUUAACCUUUGGGGUACCAUGA